AGGAUCUCCAACGCACAGUCAGGGUCCUUUAUCAAAGAAAGACCAUCCCCUACCUUCAGCGAUGAUCACAGCCGAGACCGUCUCUGAAUAUCUAGUCAGUCAUCCAGAUUUCCUGGAGUAUUUCGUGAUGGAGAAGGUUGAAGUGGAGCAACUGGAAAGGUGGAUAAUCCGGAAGUCGCAACGGCUGAAAAAGAAACCGGAGACGAAAAGCGGCAGAAAGACGAGCCUUUCCAGGUGGAAAUUCUGCGUCCAUGCCGACAAACGUCAAAUGCUCCAAGAUCUGACGCAGAGUCUACAACAGAAACCUACCAAAGACCAAGUCCUCUGGGAACUGGCGAAUUGCAUUUGCUCGGCUGUGAACGCUGACGGAUAUAAGUUAUUCCUGUCAACAAAAAGCGACCCUGAGGACCUGAGGCUGAUCGCAGCUCCGGAACAUGCUCCGGCAUCCGCUCGGAACGGUUCCGGGUGUGGAAUCGGUGGAGACAACGCUUUACCCGCGUACGUCGCCAGGACUCAGGAACCUGUACGAUUAUCCAGGGGCGCGAACGACGCGAAGUUCCCUGAGGAAGUCAUGCAGGAGCUGCAAGGCGACAUCCACCACGUACAGUGCCAGCCCAUCAUCCAGAGCGACGGCCAAUUGGCUGCGGUCCUGGAACUUUGGAGGCGGGAGGGGGGCGGGCCGUUCUACGAGGAGGACGAGGAGAUCGCAGCCAGCUACCUGGUGUGGGGCGGCAUCGCGCUCCACUACGCGCAACUAUACCUCAACAUGAACCAACAGCGGAAGCUUAACGAUUUCCUAUUGGCUGUUGUCAAAUCAAUAUUCCAAGAUAUGGUCAGCAUGGACAUGCUGGUGACCAAAAUAAUGAACUUUGCACAACGAUUAGUCGACGCAGAUCGAGCGUCACUUUUCUUAGUCGAUGCCAAAAACAAGGAACUGUACGCUACCAUAUUCGAUAUCGGGAUCGAGUCACAGGAUUCUGAUGGAACAAACGACAUUGACCUGCUAGACCAGGAAGAGCUCUCGGCCAGACCUUCCAAAGAGAUACGGUUUCCUUUGGGAACAGGGAUUGCUGGUCAGGUGGCUAUGACUGGAGAAGUUUUAAACAUUAGAGACGCUUAUGGAGAUCCUAGGUUCAACCGCACAGUGGAUCAGCUCACUGGCUAUAAAACGCACACGAUCCUCUGCAUGCCGAUUUACAUCCGUGGCUCGAUCAUCGGCGUGGUCCAAAUGGUAAACAAACGAACAGGUUACUUCACGAAGGAGGACGAGGAAGCCUUCGAGACGUUCGCUGUCUACUGCGGAUUGGCGCUGCAUCAUGCCAAGUUGUACGAUAAGAUCAUAAAGUCGGAGCAGAAGUACAAGGUAGCUUUGGAAGUCCUGAGUUACCACAACACCUGCACCGAAGAAGAGUUCGCCGCAGCGCUACGAGAUGGCAUCCCCCAGGAAAUCGUCGGCAUAGACAAUUACUACUUCAACCCUUUCGACGUGGAAGACUACGAAAAGGCGCGGUUCGCCAUACACAUGUUCGGCGACCUGUUCGGAUUGGCCAACUUCGACAAGUGCAGUUUGGUCAAGUUCACGCUGACCGUGAGGAAGAACUAUAGGAAGGUGCCGUAUCAUAAUUGGACGCAUGGGUUUUCGGUGGCCAAUAGCAUGUACUGCAUCAUCAAGAGGUCAAAGGGAGUGUUUCUGCCACACGAGUGUUUGGCGUUGUAUAUCGGUGCAUUGUGCCACGAUUUGGACCACAGAGGAAAGAAUAACAAAUUCAUGCUAGAUACAGAAUCUCCACUGGCAGCUAUAUAUUCCACAUCAACGAUGGAACAUCAUCAUUUCAACCAAACAGUUACUAUAUUGCAACAGGAAGGCCACAACAUUUUCAAUAAACUCUCGAACAGUGAUUACAAACAAGUACUGGGACUACUUAAACACUGCAUUUUAGCAACGGACUUGGCAGUUUUCUUUCCGAAUAAAGCUCGGUUGGCCAGCCUAGUGCAAACCAAGACGUUUUCGUGGACGAACACGGAACAUAGGAAGCUGUUGCAGGCCAUUGCCAUGACAGGCAGUGAUCUAAGCGCAAGCGCCAAGCCGUGGGAUAUCCAGGUCGAAACUGUCAAGGUGAUAUUUGAGGAAUUCUAUGAGCAAGGCGAUGCUGAACGAGCAACCGGUAGAACGCCGAUUCCUAUGAUGGACAGGGAACAACCUGAGCAACAGCCUGCUAGCCAAGUGGGCUUCCUGACAGGCAUAUGCGUCCCUUGUUACCAGUUGCUGUACGCGUUGAUCCCAGAGACGAAACCUUUACUGGAUAUGUGUCAGGAGAACCUAGAACGAUGGAGGAAAAUCGACCAAGAAAUCAAAGGAAGACGAGAAGAACCUGCCGUAUCUUAACCUGGAUCUACUUCAAAGUUUCAGUUUCUUCCUUCGUUCGUUGUUUUUUCGAUGUUACGGGUGUUUUUACAAUACAAAACUGGUGGUAAUACAGUGUCAGGUAUUUUACUUAGAAAACUGUGCUAUGUCAGACGUGCAUUAUCGCCAAAAAGAAUCGCGCACUAGCCGACAGAUUUGAUUUUUAGCGAUAUUUCGUGAAAAAUGAAGUAUUGUCUGAUUAUAAAUAUAGAACGCGUUUAGUCAACGUAAAGCGGCGAUCCAGCGCCUUUAUGCUGAUUAACAGUAGCUAUGGGAUAGCUUUGUCAGUUUUGACUUGGCUGUCAGAUUUGAUAGUUUGUUGAUUGUGAACUGUCAAAGAUAAUCCAGGGCGACUGCUAAUCACUUGUGGACGACUUUCCGUUGUCUGAACGCGCUAAUUGUUUGUUUUAGUGCGGUAAUUUUAUCCAAAACCGUUUAAAGCCGCGCCUCCACUACGGUCUAUGUUGAAUCAACUAUGAUGGCCAGAUGUGGAACCUCUUCACAUUGGCCCAGCUUGUGAUAAGAAUACGGUUAGCAAUUUGUCAAAAUUAAUACAAACGGACAUAAAUAAUUAUAGGAUUUCUAUCGCCCAAAAUAUUCGUGAAAAUUGAAUGCUUCGGUUUAAAUUAAAGCAUUGAUUAACGUACUCUAUUGCGAGAUAACCAAACUAGUGCUAUAUUCCGGCUUCCUAAGAAUUAUUCGAGAUAAAGUGAAAUACCGUAGCGUCGUCUAUGAGAAUUUGUCAUAGCUCUUUCUCUUUUUUCUAUACGAGUAUAUAUUUUGGAAAUGUUAGUGUUUCAUAGAUGUAGCUGCCUAUAUGAGUACAGCGCCAUCGAUGAGACACUUACCUUUUCAAAGUGUAUACAGAAAAUAGGUGACGCACGGAAAAAACUUGGCAUCUUUAUUAAAUUUUGAAUUUAAGUUUUUGUUUGGGUGCAGAAAGAGCCUAAUGAAAUUUUCAAAAUAAAAGUUAAAAACACCUAAUAUUGACUAAAAUGCAAUAAAUAAGAGAAGUUUAAAGAUUUCAUCUUGACACCAUUUUUUUAUCAAUGUAUUGUGGAUGAAUAUAUAUUUCAACUUAAAAUAGUCUAAAUCGAAACUUUCAAUUUUCACGAAUAUGGUGUGCGAAAUAACGCCAAUCUUGCACUUGGAAUUAAACAUCACUACAAUCAAGACGAUGUCGUGCAAAAUCAUAAUAUAGUUGGACUUUGAAAUUCGCAUGAUUUUGUGACAAUUUUGGGGAUUUGUAGGUUUGCCUAACUCCUCCUUCUGCUCCCUGAUCAAAUUUGCUACUUCCCGCUGUUCAAAACAAAUUUUUGAGGCAAGUACAUUUUCACAAAAAGUUAUCUCUCGCCGAUGACCGCCCUCCCCCAAGAAAAAUUCUUGCUGGCGCCUAUGUUGGGGCCUGUGGCUGAAGGGGCCCCGCGCAAGACCGAAAUUCCACGCCCCUUUUUUCGAAAUAUCGUUUGAUUUUUGGGCAUUUGGAGGCCUCCUAACAAGUUCGGGCCCUGAGCACGGGCCCCGUAUAGCCGUAAGUUAAAGACGAAAUACAGUAUCAGAUUCGACCCCUGCAAGGAAGACUAUUGUAACUCGGUUUUGGUAGAUUUUCUGAUGAAUUUUAUUGUCAGAAAAAUGACGAUCUUAUCAAAAAUAUGUUGCUCAUUGCAGUAAUUCUUGUAUAUAGAAGGUUACAGAUGGUAUUACAAUACAAACCUAGCGAAAAUGACAAUUUUUUAAUAAAUUUUGUCGACUUACUACAGUUUUCGUAGAAUCAAUUAAAGAAAAAAGUACACUUGCUCUAGACAUAGUAGGAUAUUUAUUGUAAUAUUACAGUAUUUUUCAAACAAAUGGUUGAACAAAACCUCUUUAAUACCACUCUGUGACACUCAAAUGAUAUUUAUCUUCGUGUUUUCCACUAUCAUCCUUCUCAACUUCUGUAUUUUCAGCACUGGUAAUAUUGUGUCGUCUUUGUAUUUUUUUAUCUUCCUUGGCUUUUAGAGAAAAAUGAGAAGCAGGUAGGCCUCGUGGAUGCUAGGAAGACUGGUUGCUUUUGAUUUACAUAGGUCUAAUAAACCAUUUAAGUUUCUAGCAUCUACUGGAAGCAAGUUUGUGUACAGCAAAAGUAGUUCCUGGAGCAUACUGUUUUGCGGUCUCAUUCUAUGAUAAUCAAUGUUACUAUCGUGAGAUCAUCAGCAUACUCGCACCUAUAUUUCAACUUUUCUCCACAAUCGUCUUUGUUCCAAUUUUCCGACUUUACCUUUAAUUUAAAACUAAUGGAUCCACGACAGCGCUCUUAAGCACUUCAUCAGUACGAUAUAGGUCUGCAUCAGGUCCAGACUUGGAGAUGAGAGACUGAAAAGCCAAUACAUGAGUAUCGUCUUAGCAAAACUGAGGACUGUUGUAGUUGAAUCCUCUUUUAAACUUUUUUAUUUCACAGGCAUGAGUGAUGCGACAGAUCCCAAUGCAUAACGUGUAGAAGAGGAUGCUAUGUGUUGAACCCCUUUAUUGUGUUAAAAGAAUUCAUCACUAUUUAUGAAAAAAACUCGCCUGAAUUUAACGGUUCAGCAACUGCACUUUAGCUUCUUUGCAUCUGCCCGAAUUAUUUUGGUUCUUCAACUCCCUUUGAAAACUGCUCUUUUCAUACAUCUAAUACUUGAAAUGUUUUCGCUAUUAAUCACCGUAACCUCAAACUUUGCCGCGAAAAUCAUAGUAAAAGUCAGACAGUAGGUCUAACAAUAAGUUAGGCUUUCCAUGAUAUUUUGCAUCUAAUGCAUCUAAUUUGAUGUAGUUUUCGCGGGAGCAACCGCCACUAUUAUACUUACUAUAUAACGUAGAAGAUUUACUGGUUGCCUAUGGUUGCAUGACUGAGAUACCAUAUUCUUCCACCAAAAAGAACACGAUAAAGUCUAUCGAUACCAUAUAGUAAGUCAAAAGCAAGGAUUUUUGAAUUGCAGUGGUCGGAUUGAUGGCCGGUUUUUCCGUUAUUUGGAGUCAAAUUUCGAGCAAGGCUCGCCGCGAUGUGCCUCCAAAUGUUGGUCGAUCUUGUCGCUGUGAAGGGGGGCUUCUCUUUUCGAAUCUAUCAAAUCGAUGGCUUGUGUCAAAAUGAAAACGAUAAAAUCUGCAUUUCGCAGACUUUUAUUUUACAUAGUGAAGAUUAGACUAGUCUUAUUUUCUAUAUGACCAUGAAGGUUACUUUACUGAAUCCUGUAAUAAGCUUUUUAGAUGUACAUGUAAACAGAUUUUCAUAUAUUUCCUACUUUCUCUCUACAGUUAAUAGACGUUUAUGUAUUUAUUGAUAGGUAUUAAUCUUUGUUAAUUUAAUGUAGACAUAAAUACGCAAAUUCGAAAAUAAAUUAUGGUAUAUAAUAUGUACGUCAUCUAUUUAGAGAAUAGAUAAACUAUCAGUAUAUGCAUUUUAUAGAGGGUAUAGAAUUCGAAUUUCAUCAAAGACGUCUAUGAUUAUUAUUAUCAAAUCUGUAACGUGUCAGGCUGUGGCACGGAUAAUUUCCCGAUUUUUCGCAGGAAAAUUAUUCUUACCUGUUGCCCAUGUUUAUAUCUCAGAAACUUCAGCAAAAAGGUGAGGCCCAAAUGUCAAGUUUUGAAAUGGAAUUCGAACUUGGUAUAUCCUCUAUUAUUAGUGAAUUUCAAUGAUAACGUUUCUAUGGCAUGGAUUCUUGACCAUAGAUAAAUUUAGUAUACUAUGCGUUUUGAUUGGUGACCUCUAACAAUGGAAUUAAUCUAUACUAGCCCUUCAUUAGCUAGAAUGGGACCAAAACUAGAUUGCAUUUUGCAUUUCACAUUUGUUCAUACCGGGUGGCCGAUAUGUAAAUGACUGGUGUGUAUCUUGAAUAUUUGUGAAAUAAAAUAAAACGUGUCCAUUUUUUUCAUCUUAAUCUUUUAUCGAAAUUAUCGUAAUAUUGUUCUUCAGCUGCUCUACAGUAUUUGGUUUGUUGGCAUAAACCCUAUUUUCGAAAAAUCCCCAUAAAAAAGUCAGCAGUCGUUAAAUCUGGUGACCUUGGUGGCCAGUUAUUGUUCGCAAAAGAUUCCUUGCUUCCCCAGCUGCGUGACAAGUUGCUCCGUCCUGCUGGAACCACAUGUUUUGCAGGUUAAAUUGUUGGAUUUGAGUGACAGUAAGAGAAUUACCUGCAGCGUCUUCAAAGAAGUAAGGUCCAAUGACACCUCCAUACCAAACACCGCACCAAACUGUCUUUAACUUCCCCUGUUUGUUCAAUUUUUUUUUUUGCUUUAGGACCAGGCCAUGCAGCCAGAAACUAGGUUGGUUAGAUAUAUAUAUCUCUAAUUAUGGACAAACACACGACGUCACAAAAUCCAUGGCGAAGGCGAGAUUCGAACUCGCGGCCCGGCCGGCCGGCUGAUCAGUAGCACGACACUCUGACCGACGCGGCCAGCCGAGGUCUCGCACCAACUGACAAAUGGUGUUGACAUUGGGCACAUUAUUUCGAUCGAAAUCUCGUCGUAGCUGCCGAAUCUUUGCAACAGUCGACUCAUUAUUUAAGUAAAACGGUUUAACAAUACGGACGCGUUGUGGGAUCGUGUAGCGCAUCAUGAUGAAUUGGACAUAUGUGCUUUAACCAACUACUACGGCGCCACCUACUGGAACGCGUGUAUCAAAAAAUGGGGCGCAAUUUAAAUCAGUAUGAUAUUAUAUUUACCACCCUGUAUUAGAUCCAAAUACGUUUUUUCAACAAUUAUUGGGCGUAUUUCGUGUACCGGGUGUAUUCAAAUUCGACUCUCAGAAUAAGGAUUU